GAAUGCGCAAGAAAACCAUGAAAAAUGAUCUAUUUUACAUACAUUAUCCUUUCCGAAUAGAACACGAAAAAGGUUUACUAAGAUACAAAGUUGCGACAAGUUAUCACAGCAAGGACUAUUACCAAGCCCUUCAAAAGCGGCAACACAUUGGAGUCAGUGGAUUAACACUGGAGCCACCAGAAAGGACGGAUAGCAUUUCUGAAGAACUUUCCCCAAUGCCUUAUGUUGCACUCCCUCAUUUAACCAGACUCACUUCGGACCCGGAAGAUUUACAGGAAGAAAAUGACAAUGAGGAAGAUCAACCAUCACCACCUCCAGAUAAUCAGACUUUGCUUAGGCUGCUGGAACACAAUGAAAAAGUUUCCUUUAUGUUCCGAGUUGCAAGGAUACAAGGCCUCGAUACUACUGAAGGAUUGCUUUUAUUUGGCCAAGAACAUUGUUACAUAGUUGACGGGUUUACUCUACUUAAAAACCGAGAAAUUAGGGACAUCGAUAGUGUGCCGCAUAACGCCAAUGAGUAUGAACCGAUUUUGCCGAAUCCUGGAUCUCCUAGAAGAUCUAGGACAAUGAGACAAUGCUCGAAAUUUUCUUAUGACGAUAUCAGGGAGGUACAUAAGAGGCGGUACUUACUGCAGCCAAUGGCCUUAGAAGUGUUUUCAGGAGACGGACGUAACUAUUUACUUGCAUUCCCGAGAAAACAAAGAAACAAAGUCUAUCAAAAGUUCAUGACUACUGCCACUGGCAUUUCCGAUAGUGCACAGCAAUCAGUAGCUGGACAGAAAAGAACAGCCAAUGUGGAGCAAGCUACCAGUCUUUUAAGCAAUCUCAUUGGUGAAACGAGUGUAACUCAAAGAUGGGUCAGAGGAGAAAUAUCCAACUUCCAAUACCUGAUGUACCUAAAUACAUUGGCUGGGCGGUCUUACAAUGACCUUAUGCAAUACCCAGUAUUUCCCUGGAUUUUAGCUGACUAUGAUGCUGAAGAGCUCGAUCUGACUGAUGCCUCUACAUUUAGAGAUUUCACGAGACCCAUGGGAGCUCAGAGCCCAGACCGACUUGAGCAGUUCAAGAAAAGGUUUAGGGAAUGGGAUGAUCCUACUGGAGACACUCCUCCAUAUCACUAUGGAACCCAUUAUUCCAGUGCCAUGAUUGUUUGUUCCUAUCUGGUUCGUUUGGAACCAUUCACGCAGCACUUUUUGCGACUUCAAGGAGGUCACUUCGAUCUUGCUGAUCGAAUGUUUCAUUCAAUUAAGGAAGCUUGGACAUCAGCGUCCAAACAUAACAUGGCUGAUGUCAAGGAGCUUAUACCGGAGUUUUUCUAUUUGCCCGAAUUUUUAACCAACGAUAAUCAGUUUGAUUUGGGAGUCAAACAGAAUGGAGUUGCUUUGGGCGAUGUGAUUUUACCUCCUUGGGCGAAACAAGAUCCCAGAGAAUUUAUUCGGGCACACAGAGAAGCCCUGGAAUGUGACUAUGUUUCUCAAAAUUUGCACCAUUGGAUUGAUCUCAUAUUUGGGUAUAAACAGCACGGUCCGCCAGCUGUUGAAUCGGUUAAUGUAUUUCAUCACUUGUUUUACGAAGGAAAUGUGGAUAUUUAUAAAAUCGACGAUCCUUUGAAGAAGAAUGCAACUAUUGGAUUCAUUAAUAAUUUCGGCCAAAUUCCAAAGCAAUUGUUUAAGAAGCCACACCCAUGCAAGAAAAUGGGUAAUAAUAAUAGAGCUUCGGUGAUAAUUGAUACUGGUUCCUUGGUGCAAGCCUUCACUUUACCUCAGCCAGAUAAAUUAUUUUUCCAUCAUUUAGAUAAUUUAAGACCUUCACUACAGCCAAUAAAAGAAGUAAAAUUAGCGGUUGGUCAAAUUCUGCAAGUGGACAAAUCAGUAUUAGCGGUGGAGCAAAAUAAAGUUUUGAUUCCACCAACGUUUAACAAAUACGUUGCUUGGGGUUUUGCCGACCAUUCCAUUAGAAUAGGAAACUAUGAAAGCGAGAGGGCUGUUUUUGUCUCGGAAAAUGUUGAACAAAACAAUGGAGAAAUUUUAGCAUGCGUUUGUCCAUCUGCCAAACUGAUUGUGACUGCUGGAACCGGUUCUGUAGUAACCGUAUGGAGUUAUGAAACAAGAAAAAAAGCAAUGACCAUUAAGCAUCAAUUGUAUGCUCACACUGAAGCUGUUACUUGUUUAGCUGCUAGUCCAGCUUACAAUGUGAUAGUAUCGGGUUCUCGGGAUUCGAGUGCAAUUAUUUGGGAUUUAUCACGUGGAGUUUUUGUGCGACAGUUAACAGGUCAUGCCGGGCCAGUAGCAGCUGUAGCUGUAAACGAGCUAACGGGCGACAUUGCAACUUGCGCAGCUACAUGGCUUCACGUCUGGAGCAUAAAUGGCUGCGCUUUGGCUGCAGUUAAUACAUGUGUAGGAAGAGCGGAUCGUAUGCAACAAAUACUCUGUGUGGCGUUUUCUCAAGCUCAUGACUGGGAUCCGAUGAAUGUUAUUAUUACUGGAUCUACGGAUGGAGUUACACGAAUGUGGUCACUUGACUAUGUACAAGUGCCCAUUGAAGACGAUCACAAAAAUAGCAAUAUCGUUAAACCGAAAGCAGACGGCAAUAGUAAUUCUCCGGAAAAGAUAAAUACUGAAGUCAAACCAGCCACGCCACAUCAUCGGCUUGUAAAGCAAGUUCAUGUUUCUAACGAUAAUGCCAGAAAUUUAAUGAAAUCAGGCUCGGAAAGCAGCCUUUCGGGUGAUGCUAGUCCAAAAGUUAAGAUUGAAAUGGUAAUAACAAGUGAAGGAAGUCCUAAAGAAUGGCAGAGAGAACAUCAGGACGAAAAGGAAGCAUGCAGUGAUGGAGAGGAAAUGAGUCCACCUGUGCCGCCAGUCAGGAGAAGGCGAUCCAGAGUUCAUGGUGGAUUUAGAAGCGAAGGUUUACCUUCAACCAUUUUUUUAGGAGGGCAGAGUGCAGACGCUUGUAGUUUGGACAUUGAAGAUGCUUCAGGGUUGCGAACCAGCAAGUCAGAUACUAGUCUGACUGACUCUUUUGUAAUUGUCGACAAUCAGAAAAGAAAUCAGAAUCCACAUAAUGCCCUUCGGCCAGGGUUUAAAUGGCAGAGGCAACUGGUUUUUCGCAGUAAACUAACAAUGCAUACUGCUUAUGAUAGAAAAGACAAUACCGAACCAGCUUCAAUAUCGGCACUAGCUGUUUCAAAAGAUCAUAGAAUUUUCUACGUGGGUGACACCAGAGGCCGUGUAUUCUCUUGGUCAGUUUCUGAUGUAGUUGGUCGGGCCGCUGAUCAUUGGCUUAAAGAUGAAGGUGCCGAAAAUUGUGCCAGUUGCUCUGUUCGAUUUACGAUCUAUGAAAGGCGUCAUCAUUGCAGGAAUUGUGGUCAGGUAUUUUGUUCGCGAUGUUCACGUUUCGAAAGUGAAAUAUCCAGACUGCGAAUCCUGAAGCCAGUGAGAGUAUGCCAAACUUGUUAUGCAUCUCUAAAGGGCGAUCACAAGUAAGCAUUAGACAAUGUUUAUAAUUCAAAUUAAAUUAUUACCAGGAACAAUAAUAGAGGUAGGACCUUUUCGUCAGUAUUGUGAAAUUUUCUUUGAUGUAAUUCGGUGUUCAGAAUAAUAUUAAUUGAUUAAUUUGUAAUUGAUUUGAGCGAUGGUUUAAAUUUUCCUUUUAUGCUAAACAUUUAGCAAAUUAAACUUUUACGAUACUGAACGGCGAUUAUACCAUAGUAGAGAUAUAUCAUAUUUCUUUUAGUUUAGAGUGACUCAUCUAUUAAGAUGUCCUAAACAUAUAAAGUUAAAAGAAACAUGAUCGUAUAGUUAUAAAAAUUAUUAUAAAAGAUGACAUAUAUUUUGUAGGAAUACAUAAUAAUCUUAAACUUAUAAAGUGUAAAAUAAUCAGUAUGCCUAUAUUGGAAUACUCGAAAUGAUAGAUAUAAACCAUGUAAAACCGAAGUUAUUUAAUCUCUAGCUGUAUUUUUCAAUUUCUUUCCUGAAAUAUUGUCCAUAGUUAAUUUAUAUUUUAUUAGUAAUUAUUGAUGGGCUUUACAGAAUUUAUUCGAAUUACGUGGAUCGCUUGAUUUGAUUUUUCUAUUUUGACCUUCUGUUCUGAAAGUAAAAACCCACCAGCGAGUUGCUUUAAAUGUGUUUAAUAAUCCCAGCUUCAAUUUAAGGCGCGAACUUAAAAUACGUAUAAAAAAAUAGCAAUUUCAUAUUAAUAAAAUGUAUGCUGGUUGUCCACGUAUUUUUAUUGUGAUAUUCUUUACUUACUGUAUAAGUUGCAACCAUUUUCAAAUUAUGUUUUUCAUAGUCUAAUAUGCUAUUAAUUGACUAAUACGUAUUAAAAAACGUACGCUACUGUAUAAUAACCAUAAAAGUGAAAAAUAACUUUGUUUAAGGCAACUACACACACCAGAUAGUUUAUUUCUGAACUGAAUAUAAUUCAGUGAUAUUUUAUUUAGAUGUGUAUUUCGUCUAAAAGUUUUUUUAGGAACCACCAACACUUGAGAGUAAUUUUAUUGUUACAGUUAUAAUUGUUUGUCGGUUUCCUUAAUUGUCAUCUUUGUUCCUAAUUGUAAACAUAAUUGCUCUUAAAUGGUUUUAUAAAUAUUUGCAAUUUUGCAUAAUAUUGAUUAGAGAUGUGCUAGAGCAAAAUAUUUUUUAUGUGCAAUGAUUAUAUGCUACACCACAAAUUAAAACUUCUAUAAUUUACAUCGUAACACUUCAUUAGAACUAAUAAGUUUCAUAAGCACUGAAUGUCAACAUUUAUUUAAAUUGAUGUUGAAUUGAAGCUCACACUAUUGUGUUUAUUGUUUUGAAUAUUGUGCUUGUGAUUUUUUACUUUUGUGAUUGUAUGUUUAUUUUAUACUCGAUUGACUAUAACAUCGGCUAGCUAUAAUGAAAUCCAGUAGACGUUUUUUCUAUUUUUGUGAUAUAUAUUAUUUAAGUAAUUUUACUGUUAUUUGUUGUUAUUAAUUUAUGUCUCAUGGUUUUAAUAAAUAUAUCUUUUUACCUGAAAA